AUGAAGAUUAUCUUCUUAAUUCAAGUAGUUUUACUUGUUAAUUUUGUACAGAGCGAUUUCAUUAAUAAAGAUUUUGAAACUUAUGUACGUGUUGGUGAAUAUCUAAAAACACAUCGACCAUUGCCAACAGGACGAAUGGAAACACUAGAAAAUAGUAACAAUAUCGGUAUUGGCUAUGAUCCAUUGCACGGUAGUCCUGUUUGCUAUACUGCAAGCUGUCAAGUCGAUGGUUUUCGUAAUUCUAUAUUCAAACUAAAUUACGUUCAAAGUCCACCUGGUGGUUGUACUACAAAACUCAUUCCAGAAGCAGUUACAAUGCAAUGUUUACCAGGCAGCGAAAGAUCAACAGAUACAGAAGUGAUUGAUAAACUAGAACGUCUGAAACAAGUAACAGAAAAUGGAUUUGAGAUCAGUGGCGGCGGUAAAUAUCAAUGGAUGUCUGCUAGUUAUAAAUAUUCGAAAGAAACUCGGUUUAUGAUCGAUAAAAUCUACCAAGAAAGCUCGGAAGUUUUGUAUACUACAUUAAAAAUAUCUCAUGCAAAAUUAUCAAUGUUUGAACCAAGAAUGAAUCUAUCGGAUGAUUUCCGUUAUGUUAUCGAAAAUUUACCAUGUUGUGAAUACAAUGCACUUACUGAAAAGUAUAUUAAUGAUUAUAUUUUUGGUUAUUUUGGAUAUGCCUAUGUUACAACACUGGUAUUAGGUGGAAUUGCACAGCAAAGUAUGGUAAUUCAAUCAUCAAAUGCUACUGCUCUUGAAGCCCAAGGAAUUAAGAAAAGUCAUGAAGCAGAUUUACAGUUCUUAUUAACUUUUGGUAUGAAACCUAGUGUAAACAGUGAUAAUGAAACACAUGCAAUGUUCAUGAAUCAUGUAUCCAAAAGUUAUACUACAAUGCUGGGUGGCGAUCCAUCCAUAAGUAAAAUAGAUGAUUGGGCUAAAACUGUACAGGCUAAUCCAGUUAUUAUCAAAUUUAACAUUAAAUAUAUCUUCGAUAUUCUCACACAAGCAGAAGGUCGUUUUCCAAAUGAUCCUAAUAUCAUUAUGAAAUCUAAACUGAUCGAACAAGCACUCAAUAAUUACAUUGAUACACCAAUCUACUGCUACGGAAAUGACUGUUCAGGUCAUGGUAGUUGUCAAGAUACAGGCUUUUUUCAAUUUGGUGAAUGUAAAUGUCAUGAUGGAUGGUCAGGUAUUGAUUGUUCCAAGAAAGUCGAAGAAAAACCAAAACCAAUGGUACUAAGUGGUACACUAUGUGGUAACAAUAUAAGUCUUGCCUGUGGUAGUGCAGUCCCAAGACUCGGUUGUCCCGGAGAUUGGCAAGAUAGUAAAUGGUAUCAUUGCAGUAAGACUAUUACUGACAAGCAACCAAGUCUUACUGGUACUAUUUGUGGUUAUCAAGUUGGAAAUUUAACAGUUUUAUGCGACGGUCGUAACCCCUAUUCAGAUGCAUGUCCUCAAGACUAUCAACGUCAUCAACAAUCACCUGCAAUAUUCUGUUAUAAAACCAAUUCGAUGCGUGAUGAUUUACCUGGUACAAUGUGUGGAAUACAAGUCAUGGUAUAUACAGAUUGGAAGAUUUCCAGUUCAUAUUGGUCAACCGUUACUGAAAUUACCUGUGAUGGUUAUUACCCUGGCAGAGAAUCAUGUCCACCGGACUAUAAAUUGCGAAUAGGUUACUAUACUACCGUGGUCGCUUGUGGAUUCUUAGAUUUGGGAAAUUGCGACAGAAUAUAUAAGUAUUCGUUUUGUUCUAAACAAUAA